UCAUCCAUCCAUCCGCUAGAACCCUGCAACCGGGCGGACAAAGAGAUGGCGGAGGGCGAAGCGAAACCACCGACUCCGCAUCAUGCUCAGCUGAACUUUCGAAGCGGAGGCCGAUGAAGCGCAGGCGAGAGCGGUGAAGGGUGGUCUGGGAGAAGCUCGUUUCUUUACCCUUCCAAUGGCGUCGCGGGCGUUCGUUGCGUUGCCUUCGAUUUCGCCAUUUCGGAUCAAGUUGUCGAAUAAUAGAAUGUGUCAGCCAAGCAAUGGCACAACUCUACUUCCACAUCGACGGACCUUUCCAAAGCACUCUGUGCAAGUGAUGAUGGCACAGUUUGGCGAAUCAGAGAGGCUAAAUGCGCAACUUAAUGCUGUGACAGAAAGGUUACAGGAGGCUAUUCCAGACUCGGUGAAGCAUUUUCCUUGGAAGAAAGCAGAGACUGUGCUUCUUGAUAGAGUGGUCCUUUUGGGACAGAAGGCACUGAAAUGGUCGCUGAUUACCCUAUUCGUAGCUAGCUCCUUAUCAGAUGUUUUAUUUGCCAUUUCGAGAAAUAGAGAAUUGAUAAUUCCAAUUGGCCUUUUUGUCGGUUGUUUGCUGACUGACUUUCUAAAGGAGGUGACAGUGGAACUCUCAGACGAUUCUCAGCUGGAUAAAGGAUUCAUCCAGCACCUGACGGCAAUAGGCUGCUUCUUUGUUCUUCUCAAGUUCACUGCUGCAUUUUGUGGGCUUGGAGUGCGGGUCUUCCUCUUGCAUGUUGCAAAUGGUGGCCUGAUGCAAGCUUUAUGGCUGUGGAGAAAUCUGUCGCAUGGAUCAAGUAACGAAGAGAAAAAACACCACCAGGAGGGGGCCAUUCCAUGAAUUGUUCAAGUUCUUGAGCCUUUAUGCGCUUGCACAAUCCGUCGGGUGGAUUAAUGCCGACCGUCAUUUAAUCAUUAUAUAGAAAAUGUUUUUUUUUUUUGGACAAUUUGAUCGAGAGAGAGAGAGAGAGAGAGAGUUGUAAAGCAUGAACAAUGCACAUGGAUGGAGCACGAACUCGUUCUCUGACUGUUAUCAUCAUAUUCAAAGUGUAGAAUGAUACAUGCUCAGUUAUGUUGUUUUCAUUAUUUUGGAACA